UUCUUCCUCAGUGAUACGCCAUGAUUCAAGGGCAGAGCAGACGACUCCUGACUCAAGGAUGGAGAUUCCUCAGGGGGUGGUGUUGGGGGUUGGUGCCGCCUCCAGCACUCCUCGGCAUCCUACCGCCCAAUCAACAAGCUGCUCAUUGCCAACCGUGGGGAGAUAGCCUGCCGGGUGAUGCGCACAGCACGCCGCCUCGGGGUGAAGACUGUGGCAGUGUACUCAGACCCUGACAGGAACUCCAUGCAUGUGGCAAUGGCAGACGAAGCAUACCGCCUUGGCCCAGCAGCCUCCCAGGAGUCAUACCUGCGUGGUGACAAGAUCCUGGAGGUGGCUAUGAGCAGUGGGGCCCAGGCAGUGCACCCCGGCUAUGGCUUCCUUUCAGAGAAUGCUGAGUUUGCUGACGAGUGCUUGAAAGCUGGGGUGGUGUUUGUGGGUCCCCCAGCCAGCGCCAUCAGGGAUAUGGGCAUCAAAAGCACGUCAAAGGCUAUCAUGUCCGAGGCCGCUGUGCCCGUGGUGGGAGGCUAUCAUGGGGAGGAACAGACUGAUGAGAGGCUGGCGGCAGAGGCUCACCAAAUUGGCUUCCCUGUCAUGAUCAAGGCUGUGAGGGGUGGUGGAGGAAAGGGCAUGAGGAUCGCCAUGAAGCCCGAGGAGUUCCAGGAACAGCUAGAGUCAGCACGGCGGGAGGCCAUGAAGUCCUUUGGUGAUGAUGUGAUGCUCAUUGAGAAGUUUGUUGAGCGGCCCAGGCACGUGGAGGUUCAGGUGUUUGGGGAUCACCAUGGCAACUAUGUGUACCUGUUUGAGCGUGACUGUUCGGUGCAGCGCAGACACCAGAAGAUUAUUGAGGAGGCACCUGCGCCGGGCUUGACGUGGGAUGUGCGUCGGUCACUGGGUGAGGCGGCAGUGAGGGCGGCCAGGGCAGUGGGCUAUGUGGGUGCCGGCACUGUGGAGUUCAUCCUGGAUCCCUCACACAGCUUUUACUUCAUGGAGAUGAACACGAGGCUGCAGGUGGAGCACCCCGUGUCGGAGAUGAUCACCAACACUGACCUGGUGGAGUGGCAGCUCAGGGUAGCAGCUGGGGAACCUCUACCCCUCACACAGGAUGAAAUCAAGCUCUCUGGCCACAGUUUUGAGGCCAGAAUAUAUGCUGAGGAUCCCAGGGGUGGCUUCCUCCCUGGUGCCGGCCCCCUUGACCACCUCUCCACCCCUGCCCCGAGCCAGCACGUGAGGAUAGAGACAGGGGUGAGACAGGGUGAUGAGGUGUCUGUCCACUAUGACCCCAUGAUAGCCAAGCUGGUGGUGUGGGGACAUGACCGCACCUCAGCCCUCAACAGUCUCACCUCCUGCCUUGCAAAGUACAAUAUUGUAGGGCUCAAUACCAAUGUUGACUUCCUGCUGACCCUGGCCACCCACCCAAGUUUCCAGGCUGGGGAUGUGAGCACAGACUUCAUCCCAGACCACCACGAUGAACUUUUCCCACCCAGGGCAGCCUCCAAGAAACUGCUGUGCCAGGCAGCACUGGCACAGGUGCUUGAGGAGGAACUGGAGGGAGUGCGAGCUGUGGCUGCCUCCCAGGACCCCACCUCUCCCUUUGGCCCCAGUACCUCCCCUCGCAUCAACCACAGCCUCAUCCGCACCCUGCCAUUCACUUGCGAAGGAAAAGAGGAGGAGGUGAGGGUGGAGUACCUGGGUGGCAGCAAGUACCGCAUGAGUGUGGGAGGCGAGAGCUUUGAGGUGAGCGGCUCCCUGGUGUGCGACAAUGGCACCCGCCACCUGUCAGCCUCCGUGGGUGACUCUGUGUCCCGGGUGAAUGUUGUGCUGGACGGCAGGGACAUCCAUCUCUUCACCCAGACUGGCGGGUGGAAGGUGAGUGUGCCAGCACCCAAGUUUGAGUCGGAGCUUGGCCACGUGGCAGGGGCAAGCGGUGGUGCUGUGGCUCCCAUGCCCGGUGUGGUGGAGAAGGUGUUUGUGUCCCCAGGGCAGAUGGUGGAGGCGGGCGACCCCCUAGUGGUGAUGAUUGCCAUGAAGAUGGAGUAUGUGAUCAAGGCAAGCAGUCCAGGAGUGGUGGAGAAGGUCCUGUUUGAGCCAGGGCAGAGCGUGGCCAGGAACACUCCCCUGGUGAAGCUGAAGGAGGCUGAGGAGUGAGUGGGGCAGCUGUAAACAUUCACACAGGGAGUGUCUGGAAAAGAGGAAAAAUAGUAUGUACAUUGAUAACAGUUAGCAGUAGUGGUGUUGACUCUGUGGAUGGAACAAAGGCUAGUGUAGUUGUAAAGUACUUAACUUAUUGUGGGAUUAGAAGAUGCUGUGAAGUCUGGAAGAGAAGAAAAGAGGAAAAUUCUAUGUAAAUUAGUAACAUUUAGCUGUGGUUUAAUUGAUUUUAGUGCAGGUGGGAGGGAUAAUAAUAAUGUAGCAUUUAAUUGUGUGUGGGCUUAGAUGAUGCUGGCCUGCCUAAAAGGUAAAAAUAAUUAUGUAUCUUUAUAGAAAUUAACAAUGCUAUCCUUAACUUUAUGGAUAAAAGAAGAACUAAUUGAAAAAUAUUGCUGGGCUGUGUGGAAGAAAUAAAGAAAAGUGUACAUGAGUGGAGAAAAUUUAGCAGUGCUGUUUUGAACUCAAUUGGUAAUAGGAAGUCUAGCAGUUCAGUAAUUAAAUGUAUCUUAGUUUAUUAUAAUGCAUAUUCUUCAGUGCAUUUGAAUGGUGAGGGAGAUUGGGUUUAGAGAGUGAGAGGAGAGUGUUGUGAGUUGAGUGAGGCCAUGUGAGGGUGAUGUGUGUGUGGAGGGGAGGAGGACGUGUGUGAGGGAAGGUGUGGUGGAGCUCAAUGCAGGGAUGAGAAGAGAGUGUUUUGAGCAAGAUAGCAAUGUAAGACUUGUGUGCAGAGGGAAUGUGGGAAUGAUGUGUGGAAAGCUGUGAUGGAGCUCAGUGCAAGGAAAGGAACUGUGGUGUUGUAUGUUCCUUGUCAGCAGCAGAAUGAGGUUCCCCUGCUGGUGUGCAUGGGUAUUGUAGCUCUAGUUGGCUGCUUUUUUAGACAUUUCCAUAUUUUUGUGUAUAUUUUAGAUAAUUGUAGUUACAAGGUAUAUUUGAAGUACAAAAUAAAACAAAAUGUACAUA